AUGGACCAAUUACGAGAAUACAUUGGCAUGGGGGAUUGCAACAGGAUUACAAUAAUGGAAAACGCUGUGAUGGUACACUGGCAAUUACUUACAUCGGAUAUGGAUCCAAACAUGAUAGUAAGCAGGUACAAGCUACAUCUUUGCUCUCUUGGGUCUUUCCCGCCGUUUUUUCUUGUGUCAUCUGCAGCGUCACAACAUGCGAAUGAAUCGGCGACUGGCAGCGAGGGCACCAAUGAUCGCGUUGCUUCGUAUGCACCGACGGUACCUCUCGGAGGUUCUAUCGAAUCGAAGGAACAGGCAAAGGAAAAACGCAUAAGAGAACGAUUUCCCGUCCUGUUAGCCACUGAGUUCACCAGGAUCUACUCAGAGUUUUGGAAAAACCCUGCUGCUGCGGUACCUUUCGGUACGGAUGCACCAGAUUGUAAAGGACCCUACCUACACUUGGUUGAUAUCAAGGUGCACAAGAGUGGCCCCGUGCAAUCGGUGUACGAGGUGGAGCAACUCGACGACGAAAUGUUGGAUUAUCACUUGAUGGAUGCCGACAUGGACAAUGCCGACAUGGAAGAUGAAGAGCGACUCAGCUACCUGGUCCCAUUCCUCUGCCGCUCAAACUGCGGCUAUGCAUGCUGCAAAGACGACGGCGAUGAUUUUGAUGACAUUGAUAAGAUUGAGAAGCUGGUCGAUGCCCCGCCACCACGCAUUCUCCUGUGGAAGGAUGAAGAAAAUCACCCAACUGUUUGCCCUCUUUGCCUCAACGUCCUGUUUCUCAAGGAAAACGAUUCCCGCGUCAUACGUAUACCGGAUUCACAAACCGCUAUUCAUGGCACCAAUGCUAGCAAUCAUGCGUCUGCUGAUCACGGAGACGGUCAUUCUAUCCCAAGCCACGAAGAUCGUAGUUCGUACUCUCGCAGCGGGUGUCUGACUUCCAGCGACGAACACCGGGAUUCUGAUUCCAGCGAAGAUUCAGCCCCCUCGCUAUAA